CAGCCAGAUUUAAAGCUUUUAUCUGAGUUACAUCAAUGGCUCAGAAAAUUUUUAAAAACUUGAAAUUAAAGCAGUGGGUGGUGGUGUACACCUGUAAUUCCAGUAUUCAGAUGGCUGAGACCACAGGAGCAAGAGUUCAAGUCCAUCUUGGGCUACUCAAUGAGAACCUGUCUCAGAAGCCAAAAGUAACAACUCAUAAAAUUAUAUGCAAACGGUUAGGGAUGCGGAGUUGUUGUUAUGUUUGAUCAACAUCAGUAGCUUUUGUGAAGUUCUCAGAAGGGUCUAUUAUGCUAUAUCCCUUUCUUGGAGCUUUAUGAUCUAUCACAGACUCCUGAGGUCAGAAGAGAGGCUUGCUCCCGAGCUUGGCCAUGGUGGCUCCGAUAGAAUUCUUCUAUACCCAGUAGCAUCCGGCUCAGAGAAAAGUCCAGGCAGAGACAGAAUGUUAUUCUGUCUGGGAAGUAAAGCUGCAUUGCUCUGUCACAUACACUCAAGGUUUGGUCGGAAGACUGUGCUGUUUUGGACCAUGGCCAUGCACACGGGGUUCAGCUUCCUGCAAGUCUUCUCUGUGAACUUCGAGAUGUUUACUGCGCUGUAUACCCUUGUUGGAAUGGGUCAUAUAUCCAACUAUGUGGCAGCAUUUGUCCUGGGAACAGAAAUUCUCUCCAAGUCAAUUCGAAUUAUAUUCGCCACCUUAGGAGUGUGCAUAUUUUUUGCAUUUGGCUUCAUGGUGCUGCCUCUUUUUGCAUACUUCAUCAGAGACUGGCGGAUGCUGUUGCUGGCACUCACUUUGCCAGGGGUGUUGUGUGGGCUUCUCUGGUGGUGUAUCCCUGAGUCCCCCCGAUGGCUCAUCUCUCAAGGCCGAAUUAAAGAGGCAGAGGUGAUCAUCCGCAGAGCUGCCAAAAUCAAUGGAAUUGUUGCACCUUCCCCUAUCUUUGAUCCAAAUGAGCUACAAGAUGCAAGUUCCAAGAAGCCUCACAAACACCACAUUUAUGAUCUGAUCCGAACCCGGAAUAUCAGGAUCCUCACCAUCAUGUCCAUAAUCCUGUGGCUGACCAUAUCUGUGGGCUAUUUUGGACUUUCUCUUGACACUCCUAACUUGAAUGGGAACAUCUACCUGAACGGCUUCCUUUUGGCAGCUGUUGAAGUCCCAGCCUAUGUGUUGGCCUGGCUGUUGCUGCAGCAUGUGACCCGGAGAUAUUCCAUGGCUGGUUCCCUUUUCCUUGGUGGCAGUGUCCUUCUCUUAUUGCAGCUGGUGCCCUCAGGUAUGGAUGGUGUUUGUUUGCAGGAUUCAGUCUAAUGUGUUCCACUUUCC